AUGGAGACUACAUUCAGGAUGUUUCUCUGUGACGCUCAUGGCAUUGCCGGAAUGGAGCUACAUUCCCCAUCUUUCGCUGUGAUGCCACUUAUUUCACAUCAGUUACAUUCCCACCAGGUGACGGAAACCUACUCGACACGUGCAGCAUGGUCGGCUCCCACCCCAGAGAAGUACCACGUGACUGUGGUGGCCUACAACCGGGCCCUGGAGGCGUCAGACCCUGUGUGUUCUGACGGGGUGACAGUUGACGUCACACCCCCAGCAGUCGGACAGAUUGCUGUAGCCUCCUGUAACAUUGUCCCUGGUCUGGUUACAACCUCUGCAGGGACGGUCUGGUACAUCGACAAUCAACGCAGGAGAAGCCAGAUUACUGAACCAGAUACCCAAUGCAGAUCCAAAGGGACAGCAAUCGAUGCAGCAGAGUUGGAGAAGUUCCCCAUCCAUUUGAUGCGAAACGAAACGAUGUUUAUGCAAAAUGCAACAUUUUGCAUACAGUCUGAAUCGUUGUCAAGUGACUACACGAUAUACAUUUCUACAGAACAUCACCUGUUUGUUAACUGGACUGGAAUUGACACGGAGAGCGGUAUCCAUGACUACGAGCUAGGGGUGAUGUCAAAUCCUUCUGGUGAAGCAGCUCCAGACAUCCUGCCCUUCACGUCCACUCAUCAUCAUCCUCAGUAUCAGGGCUACCACCCUCCUCUCAGUGAGGGGCAACAGUUCUACAUCGCCAUCAAGGCCAUCAACAAAGCUGGACUCACAGCCAUUCAGGUUCUAGGACCUCUCCUUGUCCACACCCGGAAUCCCGUCUUCAACGGGGGGAGUCAGUGCUACACUGACGUCCAGUCAGAGCCAUCUUCUGGUGACAUGGAACAACUCCCACAUCACCGACGCCGAUGUUGCACACCUCAAAUAUGCAGCUGCCGUUGGUACAUCGCCGUAUGGGACCGAGAUCCUGCCCUUCAUUGACCUGCGUUCAGGAACAGGGUGCUCAGUGACGUAUCCGCCAACAUGUACAGCAAUAGCUGUCACCGACCUUCUCUGGGACCUCCACCACAACCACGCCUACUACGUAUCAGUGAGGGUCACCAACAUAGUUGGGCUAUCCACAGUGGUGGUAGCAGAACCCUACGUCCAUGACGUCAGACUGCCCUCACGUGGUGUUGUCAUGGAUAUCUGCCCCGAACAUGAAGAGGAAUUAUUUCAGAUCACGGAACUUCGGGACUCCGACUACCAGCUGUCAACAAUAGGGCUGAAGGCCAGGUGGUAUGGGUUUGAUGACGACAUCUUGAACGUGACCUACAAGGCGGGGAUCGGCACUACGCCCGGGGUGGUUGACGUCAGAGGCUAUGAGGACACCGGGUACUCCACACAGCAUCAGUUCCGGAAUCUACUGCUGAACACCACCCAGAAAUAUUACACCACAGUAGUGGCCAAGUCGCCAGCUGGGGAGGUGACCC